GCCGCUGCGUCCGCCGCUGGUGCGCGCCGCUGACGAGCGGAGAUGAAAUUCCCGGGCUCGGUACUGGCGUCUGUGUUCCUGUUCGUGGCCGAGACGACGGUGGCACUGUACCUGAGCAGCACUUACCGCUCGGCCGGGGACCGCAUGUGGCAGGCGCUGACGCUGCUUUUCUCGCUGCUGCCCUGUGCGCUCGUGCAGCUCACGCUCCUCUUCGUGCACCGCGACCUCAGCCGCGACAGGCCGCUCGUGCUGCUGCUGCACCUGCUGCAACUCGGGCCCCUCUUCAGGUGUUUUGAAGUGUUCUGCAUCUACUGUCAGUCAGGCCACGUCGAAGAGCCUUAUGUCAGCAUCACUAAGAAGCGGCAGAUGCCCAAAAAUGGCUUCUCGGAAGAGAUUGAGAAGGAGGUGGGCCAAGCAGAGGGCAAGCUAUUCACCCACCGAUCUGCAUUUAGCCGGGCAUCUGUGAUCCAGGCUUUCCUCGGCUCAGCCCCCCAGCUGACUCUGCAGCUGUAUAUAAGCGUUGUGCAGCAGGAUGUCACUGUCGGAAGAAGCCUCUUCAUGACUCUGUCCCUGUUGUCCAUUGUGUAUGGAGCCUUGCGCUGUAACAUCCUAGCCAUCAAGAUCAAGUAUGAUGAAUACGAGGUCAAAGUGAAGCCUCUCGCCUACGUCUGCAUCUUCCUCUGGAGGAGCUUUGAGAUUGCCACUCGAGUUGUGGUCCUGGUACUCUUUACCUCUGUUCUGAAGACCUGGGUGGUGGCCGAUGUAUUUGUCAACUUCUUGAGCUUCUUCUUGUACCCCUGGAUCCUCUUCUGGUGCAGUGGCUCCCCGUUCCCUGAGAACAUCGAGAAAGCACUUAGUCGGGUGGGCACCACCAUUGUGCUAUGCUUCCUUACCUUGCUGUAUGCUGGCAUCAACAUGUUCUGCUGGUCGGCUGUGCAGCUGAAAAUCAACAGCCCAGACCUCAUUAGCAAGUCCCAGAACUGGUACCGGCUGCUGGUGUACUACAUGUUGCGAUUCAUUGAGAAUGCCUUCCUCCUCCUCAUGUGGUACCUUCACAAGACCGACAUCUACAUGUAUGUGUGUGCACCUCUCUUGAUUCUGCAGCUGCUCAUUGGGUACUGUACAGCCAUUCUCUUCAUGCUUGUGUUCUAUCAGUUCUUCCACCCUUGCAAAAAGCUCUUUUCCACCAGUGUUUCUGAAGGCUUUCGGGCAUGGUUUAAGUGUGUCUUCUGUGCCUGCAGGCAUCAGAGAUCCUGCCAGUUAGCAGGAAAGACAGACCAAAGGUCAUCCGAAGACAGAGAUGAGACACCUUCUAGCAGUAAAAUCAGUUCUGUGCCCAGCCAGAUCUUGAACACCGACGAGUUCUGCUCUGUUUAACAGGACCUGGGGUCUCCUGGGAUACAGGCGUCUUGUUUUCUGGCUUGAUCCCUGUUCUUCAUAGAAGCAGUGAGCUCUGCAUAGAUAACAAAGCAGGAAGCUAGUUCUUAACUCUCGUGGGCCUGUGGGCUUCUCUCCUUUAUAGAGCUCUUGGGUGCGUGGAAACCACAAAGAGAAGCCAAGAAAACCUCUGUAUGUUGGAGGAAGCUGGCCAAAGCACCACAAUUCACAAGUGACCAUGUUUUUCCAGGCAUUACUGGCCUUUUCACUGACAAGGUACCAUAGACUGUUGUCACACUGCAGAACAUUAACCCAUGAAAUCGGAAUUGGACUGGUUCGAUCCAUCAGGUCGGAUGAGGAGAGGCGCUUUCUUGUUUUCAAGUCUUCUGGACUGCAGACCUGCGUAGCCUGAUGAUUUAUUAUCCUGAGCAUAGUUUUUGCCCAAGAGCUCUCCUGCUGAUCAGAGAAGGUUACUGGGGUUUUGCCAUCAGCAACAUCAUUUCUGUUGGAGUUUAACAGGAGGGCUGUUCAAGUUUUUAUUUAUUUAUUUUUUAAUGGACAGAUGCCCCAUUUUCAUUUAAUCAGGCCCUUUUGUAUAUAAACAGCUAUAACCACCUUGGCAUGCCAUCUCUGAGUUCCAGUUGAUUAAAGAGCCUAGAUUUGGAGAUUUUAUUCCCAAGGAUCCAUCAAUGCAAAACUGAAUUCUAAAUUUGGUUAUGAAAGUGGUGGGAUUUUAGGCAAGUUAUAUUCCUUAGAUAUGCUGAAGAAAUUCUAGAUCAGGAGUGUCUUAGUCAUCUAGUGCUGCUAUAACAGAAAUACCACAAGUGGAUGGCUUUAACAAAGAGUUUAUAUCCUCGCAGUAAAAAAACAAAACAAAACAAAACAUUGCCGUCAAGUCCAUUCCGAUUCAUAGCAACCCUAUAAGGGCUAAAAGUCCAAAUUCAGGGUGUCGGCUCCAGGGGAAGGCUUUCUCUCUCUGUCAGCCUUCUCAUCAAUCUUCCCCCAGACUAGGAGCUUCUCUGCGCAGGACCCUGAGUCCAAAGGAUGCGUUCUGCUCCUGGUGCUGCUUUCUUGGUGGUAGGAGGUCCCCCUUCUCUGUUUGCUUCCCUUCCCUUUUUAUCACUUGAGCAUUAAAAGGUGGUGCAGACCACACCCCAGGGAAACUCCCUUUACAUUGGAUCAAGAAUAUGACCCAGGUAAGGGUGGUGUUACGAUCCCACCCUAACCCUCUUUAACAUAAAAUUACAAUCACAGAAUUGAGGACAACCACACAAUACUGGAAAUCAUGGCCUAACCAAGUUGACACAUAUUUGGGCGGCGGCGGCGGGGGGGGGGGGCAUGAUUCAAUCCAUGACGAGGAGGGUUGUUAAAACAUCAUAAUUAUGGAAACUUCUCAAAGAGUUCUUACCAUCUCAGGAUGGUUGAAGAUAUGAAUCUCCUAGAAGGUAGAUUUAAACCUUCUCAAGGUUUCAAGGUUCAAGCCUGUCCUACAAUUCUGGGAAAUUUCUGGUAGAAUUUUCUAGGAUUUGUCUUCUUAAAAAAGAAAAGAAAAGAAAGCUCACAGUCUUCACUGCCCCCUUCCUUGCCUGCCAGGAAUGUUUUAGAAAAGUUACCUUGUUUAACUUAAAAAUUUCUAGAAAACCCCACAGAAAUCUCUCACCUAGUGCACAUACAUAGGGCAUUUUGAUUUUCAUUAUUUGAGAGAUUGACUUCAGAAACGUUUAAAUUAUAAAAAGAGAUGAAAUGAUCAGAAGAUUUUUGUCUUUCAUUGAAUGCAUUUUCAUUUGACAUAACAGUGAAUUCAUUUGGACAAGAUCUCCAAUUUUAUUCUCUUACACCCUCAUAUCCUCUAUAAUUUCUCCUUCAAUCUGGUACUUUAUUUGUUUCACAAAAAGGGAUUUGUACGAUAUCCUCAAUUGUUUUGGAAAAAUGCCUGGAUGUAGGGCCAUCAUUUCUACCAUUAAAACGGUGACAGUGAAAUGCCUAGAAACAGGUUAAGAUCAUACUGAUUUAGGAUAAGGAUUAGAGGAAAAUCUGAGCACCUACUUAUGGACUCUAUUUUUACCAGGAUGAAUAGGGAUCCACUUCUCUGACUCUAUUAAAGUACAAAACAUUUAUCUGGCCAUCUCACUUCUGCUAAUUCUUAAAAAAUUCCUGUUGGUGUUGAAUUUAUAAGUAAUUUCAUACACAACCAAAACAAAACACAAUUUGACGAUCAAUUCCCAGUACAUUCAGAGAUCAAUGAAACAGUAACUAUUCUUUAACAGGGCAUACAUAUUGCGUAAUAUUUUUAUACAAUCCCAUAAAAAUAUAUCUGUAACCUCCUAAACCGCAGAGCCUCCAUUUUAUUUUUAUGAGUUAUUUUUUUUCUCCUUUGAAAUUCUCUUGGUUUAAUCGAUAUUUGUGGUUUAAUUUUAUGGGGACAUCUAGGCAGCAGAUAAUUUUUUUUUAAUUUUU